GCUGGCGCGGGAGUCGUCAGAGCUGUGCCUUCACUCGCCACAGUCUUCGGAGCUCUGGAAGUGAAGCGAUCCUGAGAUGGCAGGCGUCAAGUGUCUCUUGGUGUUGGCGGCGCUCGCCCUCGCCUCUGUGUCGGCACGUCCCUCAACAGAGUGUAGCUGCGAUGGCUGUCUUUACCCAAGUUUAAGCGACUGUUCUGUCUACUGGAAGUGCCAGGGCGGACGCGCCGUGGAGCACCGCUGCGGCGGCGGCCAUCGCUUCAACCCCGACACCUCCCGCUGCGAGCACGCCAUCAGGGUGGCGUGCUCGAACACCGUGCGCCUUGUGGGCGACUUCGCCUCCGAGACGUGUGUGGACCGGCGCGCGGGCUGCCCAGUCUUCGCCGCCGCUGGAGGCUGCGAAUGCCGCGGCGACGACUGCGACUGGCCGGCCUACGUCGUCAGCUCGUGCCCGAAGUCGUGCGACAUGUGCGGCGCGCAGAGCAAAUUCAAGCCGUGGUGGACCGACUCGAGUGAGGAGGACUCCAGUGAGGAGGGCGGCAGGAAGCCCUGGUGGAAGGACUCCAGUGAGGAGGAUUCCAGCGAGGAGAGUGGCGAGGGCGGGUCCAGCGAGAGCAGCGAAAGCAGCUCCAGCGAGAGCAACGAAAGCAGCUCCAGCGAAGAAAGUGGGGAGGACGAAGGAAACGGCUCUGGCGAAGGAAACGGCUCUGGCGAAGGAAAGGCUCCGGCGAAGGAAACGGCAAUGGGGAAAACGGCUCCGGUGAAGAAACAGAAGCUCCUGAGACUAAGCCACCCACAGCAGCCCCAACGACGAAGCCUCCCCCCCACCAGCCGCCCCAACAGCUAAGCCUCCUCCCCCUCC